AUGAUUGUUGUAGUUAUCUUACUGCUUGUUUACAAUUAUUACAAAUUACCAUCAACUCAAGGUCAUUAUGUAUUUAAAAAUUUAACUGUUGCACAUCGGGGUGGUCAACCAUCACUGCAAGAUGACAAUAAUGAUUUUCCCGAGAAUUCUCUUGCUGCUUUCAAAUGGGCUUCGAUGAGUUCAUCAAUAGACGGUAUUGAACUUGAUACUCAGUUAUCAAAAGACCAUAUUCCAAUGGUUAUUCAUGAUACAUGGUUACAUCAAAUAUUUGAUAAUUGUCACGGGAAAGUAUCGGAUUAUACAUGUGCUGAACUAAAAACAUUUUUAUUUAAACGUAAAAUAGUUAAGACUGAUAUGGAAAAGAAUGAUUUGUAUAAAACUGAACGUAUUCUUACACUAGAAGAAGCAAUUCAAUUUCUUCAAGGGACACAGUUAAAGGUAGUGAUCGACAUAAAAGAAGUCAAACAUUUAAAAUUAAUGGCAUCGAUUAUUGAUAAAUUCUAUCGUCAAUAUCCAUUUUUAUACGAACGUAGUUGUUGUGCAUCAUUUUUACCUAUAAGUCUCUAUUACCUGAGAUUGUUGAAUCCACGAAUAAUAACUGCUCUUGUCUAUCUUGAACAGACAACCGAUGGUUUAAUACGAGUAACAGAUGACCUAGGAAAACCGUUACCUGCGUUUGUGAAAUACAAUAUAUUUUUUAAACUGGUAAUAGAUAAUAUCUGUCAAUUAUUUGCAACACCAUUAGCAUUGAGGUUUGUCGGUGCUAACAUUAUUUUAAUACAAAAAGAUGGUAUAUCUGGAAACGUUAUCAACAAAUAUCGAGAGAAUGAUAUUAUCGUAGCUGUGUGGUGUGCAAAUACAAAAGAAGAAAAAAAUUGGUUCAAAUCUCAAGGUGUAACAAUUAUUGCUGAUACACCAUUGGAUUGA